GCUUUAAUGGCUGUCUUAAAUUUUUACAGUAGUUUAUAGUGAAGUAUCGUUUUACACUUUUGUGGAGAUACCCAUAUGGUCAGCUGUAAAGAAGGGCCGAGAAAAAAGGGUUUUUAUUUAAAGGUGAAAGUGAUAGCAUAGGACCAGGCCUGACUUGUGAAGACCCGUAUAUAGUGAGAAUUUUUAUUGUGUGUGAGAGAGAGAUUAAAGAGAGAAAGAGACUGAGAGAGAGGGAGAGAGAUUAAAAGAGAGAGAGGGAGAGAGAUUAAAGAGAGAGACUGAGAGAGGGGGAGAGAGAGAUUAGAGAGAGAGAGACUGAGAGAGAUUAACAGAGAGAGAGAGAGAGGGAGAGAGAUUAAGAUAGAGAGAGAGAGGGGAGAGAGAUUAAACAGAGAGACUGUGAGAGGAGAGAGAGAGAGAUUAACAGAGAGAGAGAGAGAGGGAGAGAGAUUAAAAGAGAGAGAGGGAGAGAGAGAGUGGGGAGAGAGAAGUUCUGAAAUUUGUACAGCAGAGCUAAAAGUUAGAGAGUGUGUGAGGAAAAAGAUAGAGAAUAAAAAGAGGGUUCUUUUCAAGUUUUGGGAGUUUAUCAUUGGAGGAAAGAACUCAAGCUGCAUUUGAAAUUAGAAGGUAACGUUGUUAUCUCUCACGGGCUUUGAGAUGGGAAAAACUACAAGAUGGUUGAGAGGCUUGUUGGGAAUGAAGAAGGAGAAAGAAAAUGUCGAUACUUUUGAUUUGAAUGACCAGAAAGGGAAGAAAAAGUGGAGCUUUGCCAAGUCCGGGAAAAACUCACGGUCUGCGAAUCAAAGUCCGGCAAUUAAUCCGGCAACUGAUAGUUCUUGGCUGAGAUCUUAUACUGAGACGGAGAAAGAGCAGAACAAACAUGCAAUUGCUGUAGCUGCUGCUACAGCAGCUGCAGCUGAUGCGGCUGUUGCUGCUGCGCAGGCAGCAGCUGCAGUUGUUAAGCUUACUAGCCAAGGCAGACCAAAUCUACGCAUGAGUGGCAGGGAAAGAUGGGCUGCACUUAAGAUACAAACUGUUUUUAGGGGUUAUCUGUCAAGAAAGGCUCUACGGGCUCUAAAAGGCCUGGUGAAACUACAAGCUCUCGUUCGAGGCUACCUUGUUAGAAAGCGAGCCACUGCCACUCUUCGUGGUAUGCAAGCUCUUAUCAGAGCUCAGGUCGCUGUCCGAUCUCAAAGGGCUCGCCGUUCUUUCAACAAAGAUCAUCUAUCUCAGCUAGAAUUUAUACAGAGGAAGUCCAUUGAAAAGUUUGAGGAGCCAAGAGGUGAAUAUCACAGUAAGAGGUUAUCAGCUUCUUAUGAAACUUCAAUCCAUGCUUCUGAAGAGAGCCCAAAAAUAGUUGAAAUGGACACUUUGAAGUUGAAAUCAAGAUCAAGGAGAAUGAACUUCUCUGCUUCUGAAUCAGGGGAAGACCGCUGUGACCAAACUAGCUCGUCUCCCCACCUAUGUCUAAAUCCUAGUCGUCUUUACAUACCAGAUCAUCGACAAAUUCAUGAUUAUGACUGGGGCUUCAUUGACGAGCAAUAUAAGUUUUCGACUGCUCAAAGCACUCCACGAUUUGCAUAUUCUGGCCACUUCAAAACCCCUGCAACACCAGCCAAGAGCGUCUGUGGUGAGAGUUUCUUCCGGUCAUAUUCAAACCAUCCUAGUUAUAUGGCAAAGACACAGUCCUUUAGAGCGAAGGUAAGGUCUCUCAGUACUCCUAAGCAAAGGCCAGAAGAUGUGCAAAAGAAGAGGCUUUCACUGGAUGAGAUAAUGGCGUCAAGAACAAGUUUCAGUGGAGUCAAAAUGCAGAGGGCGGUUUCACAUAUUCAGGAAUAUUCGAACCCCUAAUCAUUCAAUUUAACCUUUUCUGCUUGUUUGACAAGUUUAUGGUUUGAACUGCAUAUCACACUACUAGUUUAGUUAAUAUCGAAGGAGCUACUAACAAGAAGCUUCUGCAUGGUCUUGCUUUUCCACUAAGUUUGAUGUUUGACAACCUAUAGGAUAUAACAAAGUGUUUGUGUAAAUUCUUUGAUAGAGUUUGAGUAAAUCACUUUUCAUGAAUGAAACCAGAGUGUUCUGUUAA